GGAAGGAAAAAAACGUAACCUUUUUGUAUCUUGUUUCCGGGGGAAGAAGAGGAUUUAUACAGAAACUGGAAGGAAAAGAAGAAAGAAGAGAGACCCCAAAGGCCAAAAAGUAUUACGUUUUCAUUGGAUCUGAGAUACAGACAGUUCGAUUGUAAAACAGUUUUGGUUGAGUUUUGAUUUUCAAAGACUGCGGAGAACGAGGCGGAGAUCUGAGCAACUGCUGCUAUCAACACUUGCCUGGAGGAUUCGUGAUCAUUUGUGUUACAUGCUUGGUUGUCAAAUUGCGGUACCUUCAUCCACUGACGCUUUUGCUAAAAUCAAUGUGAUCUUCGAAUUCAAUUCCAUUGCAAGUGCAACUUUGAGGUUGGCUGUCUCAGAUAGUAUUCAAGCAGCACAGCAGAAUUGCAGAAUCGAUAUCUGGCGGGUCAAAUCUUUUAUCUUAUACACGGUCUUCUGCAGCUUCAUACAUGUCGCCUGCUUUGUCACCACAUACGGAUAAAAAUGUUCUCCAUGGGUUUGGUUAUGCUAAAUCUGGAAACAAAAAUAACCUGCGCCUCUCCGCAUCACUCCAAGAUUUCUCAUUAUAUCACCGUCUUGAUCCAGAAGCAGCUAAUCUUAUUUCUGAAAUUGACAAGAGCAUGACCUAUUCGAAACACCCUCUACAGAGAGAAAAUGUUGCGGCAAGUUUCUCAAAGGAGAAGGGUUUGCCAGGUGGAAACCCUUUUCUAAUGAGAAAGUGGGUGCGGUUUAUCAUGGUUUUCUUGUGCCUACUCUUCUUCAUUUUUUUGGCAUACAUGGUUUGCAUGCAUAUAUAUUCAAAUUGGUCCACAGGAGCCUCCAAGUUUUAUGUUGUUCUUGAUUGUGGAAGUACUGGAACUAGAGUGUACGUGUAUCAGGCUUCAAUUGAUCACAAGAAUGAUGGUAGUCUUCCUAUUGUCAUGAAAUCAUUAACCGAAGGUCUUUCUAGAAAGCCAAGCACACAAAGCGGACGUGCUUAUGAUAGGAUGGAAACUGAGCCUGGGCUUCAUAAGUUGGUGCACAAUAAAUCUGGCUUGGAAACUGCAAUAAAACCACUUAUUUCAUGGGCAGAGAAGCAAAUUCCUGAAAGUGAGCAUAAGAACACCCAUCUUUUCCUGUAUGCUACAGCUGGAAUUCGCAGAUUGCCUAAUUCUGAUUCAAAAUGGCUUCUGGAAAAUUCUUGGUCAAUACUAAAGCAUUCACCUUUCUUGUGCCGCAGAGAGUGGGUAAAGAUUAUCAGUGGGACAGAGGAAGCUUACCUUGGGUGGACAGCCCUUAACUAUCUCACGAGCAUGUUGGGAACAACCCCUAAGAAAGCAACAUUUGGUGCACUUGAUUUGGGUGGAUCAUCAUUACAAGUUACAUUUGAGAAUGAACAUCGUCAACAUAAUGAAACCAAUUUAAACCUUAAAAUUGGAGUAGUUAAUCAUCAUCUAAGUGCCUACUCUCUCUCUGGCUAUGGUUUGAAUGAUGCAUUUGAAAAGUCUGUAGUUCAUUUAUUAAGGAGGCUUCCGGAUGGCUCCAUUGCCAACCUGGUUAAUGGAAAGAUUGAAAUUAAACAUCCUUGCUUGAACUCUGGCUAUAAUGAGCAAUAUAUUUGUUCUCAGUGUGCUGCAAAUGACCAAGGAAGUGGGAGUCCUUUAGUUCAAGGGAAAAUUUUGGAUAAAGGAGGAAAAUCUGGAAUUCCAGUGCAGCUUAUUGGUGCUCCAAAUUGGGAGCAAUGCAGUGCAAUUGCCAAAGCUGCUGUCAAUUUAUCUGAAUGGUCAAAUCUUUACCCAGAGAUUGAUUGUGAUUUGCAACCUUGUGCGCUUUCUGAUAGCUUGCCUCGCCCUUAUGGCCAGUUCUAUGCUCUAUCUGGGUUUUUUGUUGUAUAUCGAUUCUUCAAUUUGUCUCCAGAGGCUGCACUUGAUGAUGUACUGGAGAAGGGCAGGGAAUUUUGUGAAAAAACCUGGGAAGUAGCCAGAAACAGUGUUGCUCCACAGCCGUUCAUUGAACAGUACUGCUUUCGAGCACCAUAUAUAGUAUCACUGUUAAGAGAGGGCUUGCACAUCUCGGACAGUCAACUUGUCGUUGGUUCUGGAAGUAUUACGUGGACAAUGGGUGUUGCAUUGUUGGAAGCUGGGAAGUCAUUUUCAAGCAGAUUAGGGCUCCAUGGAUAUCAAAUAUUGCAGACCAAGAUUGAUCCAAUAAUCCUAAUUGCCAUUGUUUUAAUUUCAUUGGUUUUACUUGUUUGUGCAUUAUCAUGUGUUUGUAAUUGGAUACCGAGAUUUUUCCGGAGGCCAUAUCUUCCUCUUUUCCGGCAUAACAGUGCACCUUCAUCUGUUCUUAAUAUACCAUCUCCUUUCCGGUUAAAGCGCUGGAGUCCUGUGAACUCAGGGGAUGGAAGAAUUAAGAUGCCCCUGAGUCCAACAGUUCAAGGUGGUCAACAAACAUCGUUUGGCUUGGGACAUGGUAUGGGCAGCAGCAUCCAACUCACUGAGUCUUCCUUGUACUCCUCAACCAGCAGUGUUUCACAUAGUUAUUCCUCCAGUAGCUUGGGGCUGAUGCAAUUUGACAGUAGUAACAUGGGUUCCUUCUGGUCCCCUCACAGAAGUCAGAUGCGACUGCAAAGUAGGAGAUCACAAUCACGAGAAGACCUUAACUCCUCACUAACCGAUAUACAAUUGGUGAAAAUUUAGGAAAGGCUUUGCAGAAGUUUUGGUAUGAUUUUAUCUUCUCCUAUUUGCAUCUUACCUUUAUAACAAUAGGACAUGAGAAGUUUAUAAGAUCUGCUUUCUCUUAUUAAUUAUAGGCGUUCUUUUCUUGU